AUGCGAACGAUGACGUAUUUUGAAGAUUUGUCCACUGAGAUAAUAUUCGAAAUCUUUGAAUACCUCGAUUUUUGCCAUACAUUCAAAACAUUUUCCGGUCUGAACUAUCGAUUUUAUCGUCUUUUCCACGAUCCAUUAUUCCCCAUCAAAAUCGAGCUUUCCUCGAUGUCAAAAUUAACUUUUCAACAUUAUUACACAAACAAUGUUAUUCCACAUCAACAGAAAAUCAAAUCUUUGCAAGUCUCGAGUGCAUUCAUGGUCGAUUCAAUAUUUUCACCCAAUUCGGCUCCAUUGAAAUUAGUUCAAUUGAAACAACUAACCCUUCAUAAUGUAAGUGAAUCGAAAUAUUUUUAUAAUUUACUGCAAUAUAUACCCACCCUAUCGAAUAUCACUUCAUUGAUACUUACUUGCAAACAUCAGGUUGAAAACAAAAGUUUGAUUUAUGAACAAAUAUUUCGUAUACCUCGAUUGAAAUAUUGCCGUGUUUCAUUUGAUAAAACGAAUAAAUAUGAUUUAUUACCUUUGGCAACCAAUGAGUUCAGUCCGAUUGAAACUUUCAUCAUCAACGAUCGAUGCAGCUUUUCCGAAUUUUAUAUCUUUUUAUCGUACGUACCUAAACUUCGUCGCUUGACGAUUCCUAAUCUCUCAAAAGACUUCAAAGAACAAAUUACAUCAUACACGAUACCAUUGAAGGACCUAAAAUAUCUCUCAGUAGAUUCUGACUACAUUGAUUUUGGCCAAUUUGAAGUUAUGGUACGAAAUAUAUUUCCAUCGGUUGAAGUUUUACAUAUGAAAAUAGAAGAUUUCAACGAAUACUUCGAUGCUAAUCGAUGGGAACAACUAGUUACAGAUUUCAUUCCACAUUUACGCAAUUUUAAGCUAAAGCUAUCCUGUUAUAUAGAUUUCUUUAAGUCGCCGAAUCAUUGCAUGAAAGCAAUUGAACAAUUCAAUUCGACAUUCUGGUCGGAACGGCGUUGGUUCUUCGAUCACAUAUUUGACGAUGGUCUAUUUGGCCAACGUGUUAUUUUAUAUUCAAAGAAAUUUUCCAAAAUAAAAUGA